GCACCGAAGACGAAUUGAAACAAGAAAUCACAAGACUCCACGAAGAUAAAAACAAAUAUGAAAUGGCUGCAAAGGAAGGACUUCGUCGAGUUACGGAGGAUAAGCUCAAAGCGAUCGAGAGAAUAACGAUUCUUGAAAAGUCUUACAACAAUGCAGAGGACGAGUGCAGCCAUUAUCAAACUCUUUAUGCGAAAGCUCAAAAACAACUGGAAGAUUUAUCAACGCAGUAUGGUCAGAGAUUGGACGAAAUGAAUGAUCUGAGAAACCAGCUGACACAGAUGAGCGGCGAGAAAGCUGAUGCAAACGAGGCUGUAGCGAAAGCUUCAAAAAAAGAACUCGAAUAUAUAUCUCGACUCGAAUCCAUGCAAGCCGAGUGCGAUUUCAGAAAGGAGCAGUUACUAGCAAUGCGUGCGCAAAUGGAUAAACGAAAAGAUUCGACCAAAGGGAGUUCGGAGAGCGAUCGCAAAUCUCUGAAUGGUGACUCCGAAGAGUUAUGUUCGGUUGAAGAGACGAUUCAGACUUUAAAAGAUAAACUUCACGGAUUGAGAGAGGAGUCAAAAUCCAAGGAGGAUCGUGUCAACGAGAUCAAUGACAAGGUUAAUAAUUACGAGCAAAAUGAUGAGGAUACUGACGGGGAGCUUGCAAUUUUGAAAAAUGAGUUGGUUGAAUAUGAAAAAGACUUGGAACAUUUGCGAGUCGAAAUCGACCAAACUGAAGAGCAGCUUAUGUGCUGUCAUCUCCGAGCAGUUGACGAUCUCAAUAAGGAAGACGACGCUUCAAAUAGUCUGAUUGUAAAUGAAGAUGACAUUCAGGAGAAUAUCUCCAAUCACGUUCAAGGCUUGAAUGAAGGCACAAACUACGAUCUUGAUAUGCUAGAUGACUUAGAAGCUGAACUUCAAAAUGUGAAGAACCAACUGUGUAGCUUUAAUGGCCGGAACGAAGAAACUGAUCAUUCCUCUUUCCUCGAGAACAAUGUGGAAACUCGACAGAUCGAGGUGAUCGUACUGAAGUGCAUGAGACACAUUCAGUUCAUCAAAAAUGAGAUGUCCAAUUAUAAAGAGCUUGUUUCCAGUAAGAAUUACACUAUCUCAGCUUUAUCUGAUAGUGACUCUGGUACUGAAGAGAAAACCAUCCAAGAACUUCGUGAGCAACUCCAAACGGCUGAGAGCAAAGCGACCGAAGUGAGACAAGAAAUUCUUACUCUGAGAGAUAAACUUGUGGAAGAGCAAGAUACCGCCCGAGAACGAGAAGAGACGAUUGCCAACUUGCAUAGACAGAUUGGCGGGCUUUCACGAAGUCGCCGCCUGUCUGAAGUGGAAAAGACAGCUGAACAUCGUGCCGCGGAGUCGGCGAAGAGUACGGCUAAACACAUGCAGCAGCAAGCAGCGAUCAGUGCGGGGAAGGCGUCGAAAAACAUAGUUCAAUUAAAGACACUGCAAGAGGAGAACAAGUUCCUUCUACAAAAAGUCCAAACACUCGAGAGCGAAUUGAAGUGGUCGAAGAAAGAAAAGAAACGAUUAGCGUCCGAACGCGAGAGGCUCGAUGUAGCGCAAUCAAAUCACGCUAACAAUUCAACGAGUUCAUCUCUUAACGAGAUACCUGAAGAAUAUGGGUCUGGUGACAAUGAAGAUCUUCUAACGAAAAGUGCAAAAGGAGUCGAUCGAACUAACGAAAGUGCAAAAGGAGUCGAUAAUAUAGAUGAGCAAAAUUCUUAUACGAAAUACUUCUUAACUGCCAUGUUUUAUCUUAUCCUGGCAUUACUUGUCUCCUUGACUUUUCGAGUAAUGGGAAAUAGAAAAAACAAUAAUCAAAACUCAACAACGUAACGUUGCAAUUUGGCAUCACGUGUCUCCUUGACUUUUCAAAUGAUGGGAAAUGGGGGGAAAAUGAGCAAAACUCAACAAGGUAACGCUGCAUUUUGGCGCAAAGCCCUGUAUUUGUGAGAGUUGGGACUCGUAUUGUUCUCUGCAUUUUGGAUUAUGAUCAUGGUGAUUGGGUAGAUAUGGUCACGUGGGCAUCUAGCCGCCAUUUUUGCCCCAAAGUGCAGAUUAUGACCAUUUUUUACAUAGGAAAUAAAUUCUAAAAAAAUGUUUUCAAUGAUUUUAUGUUGCAUUAUAAUAGUGCCAAUGAAAGCAAUGAAGAAUAGAAACAUACGCGCUCCCUUGUGGCAAAAACAACAUUAAAGGCGUAUAAAUUACAUCUACUGCAUGAAAUAAAUGCUUUUCUAUUAUUAUGACAUCUAUAAACAACUGAGUUUCAAACAACUGGGAUCGCUGUCCAUUCAUGAAUUAGAAAAACAACAGAAAAUUUGUCUUUCCACCAUUUAAUGCUCUAUAUUUGCUGGCUUUGGAACAAAAAUGGCGGAAACUUAGCAAUUUUACUUCCGGUGUCCCAAAUCUCCUAAUACAGGGCUCUGUUUUGACGUCACUUGUCUCCUUGACUUUUCAAAUGAUGGGAAAUAGAAAAAAUAAUGAACAAAACUCAAGAACGCAGCAUUGCUUACAAAGUCUAUUGUCCAUCUUAUAAAGUCGAGAAUCGCAACGGUCUACUUACAUCAAUAAAACGCCGACUGUAUAUAUUCAACUGGAGUUGGCGGCUCGUUUGGAUAUACAUUUGGGUCGUCACGUUAUUUGGAUAAGUUUAACAUUGAAGUACAAACACGAUUUGUACCGUUUAUUUAAUUUUAAGGAUAUGUACUAAAGCUUGCAUAUUAUAUUUUUCAAAUUGUAUAUUUACUAUAGUAAUUUUUUCAUUAAAAUGAUUCGCUAUUUGACCAUUCGGUAA